UGGAGCCGUCUUGUUUGCAGCCUCCUACGCCGCGGCCGCCUUUCUGAGAUUUGAGUCUCGCGCUUUCUUCGUUCGCUCGCCGGCGGGUUCGCGCCCCUCUCGCGCCCCUGGGCAGCGAGGCUGGGAAGGGGUUGGAGGGGGCUGUUGAUCGCCGCCUUUAAGUUGUGCUCGGGACGGCCAUGUCGGCCGGCGAGGUCGAGCGCCUAGUGUCGGAGCUGAGCGGCGGGACCGGAGGGGAUGAGGAGGAAGAGUGGCUCUAUGGCGGCCCAUGGGACGUGCAUGUGCACAGUGAUUUGGCAAAGGACCUAGAUGAAAAUGAAGUUGAAAGGCCAGAAGAAGAAAAUGCCAGUGCUAAUCCUCCAUCUGGAAUUGAAGACGAAACUGCUGAAAAUGGCGUGCCUAAACCGAAAGUGACCGAGACUGAAGAUGAUAGUGAUAGUGACAGUGAUGAUGAUGAGGAUGAUGUUCAUGUCACCAUAGGAGACAUUAAAACAGGAGCACCACAGUAUGGGAGUUACGGUACAGCACCUGUAAAUCUUAACAUUAAAACAGGGGGAAGAGUUUAUGGAACUACAGGAACAAAAGUCAAAGGGGUAGACCUUGAUGCACCUGGAAGCAUUAAUGGAGUUCCACUCUUGGAGGUAGAUUUGGAUUCCUUUGAAGAUAAACCAUGGCGUAAACCGGGUGCUGAUCUUUCUGAUUAUUUUAAUUAUGGGUUUAAUGAAGAUACUUGGAAAGCUUACUGUGAAAAACAAAAGAGGAUACGAAUGGGACUUGAAGUUAUACCAGUUACCUCUACUACAAAUAAAAUUACGGCCGAAGACUGUACUAUGGAAGUUACACCAGGUGCAGAGAUCCAAGAUGGCAGAUUCAAUCUUUUUAAGGUACAGCAGGGAAGAACUGGAAAUUCAGAGAAGGAAGCAGCACUUCCAUCUACAAAAGCUGAGUUUACUUCUCCUCCUUCUUUGUUCAAGACUGGACUCCCACCAAGCAGAAACAGCACCUCUUCUCAGUCUCAGACAAGUACUGCCUCCAGAAAAGCCAAUUCCAGCGUUGGAAAGUGGCAGGACCGGUAUGGGAGGGCCGAAUCACCUGACCUAAGGAGAUUACCUGGGGCAAUUGAUGUUAUUGGUCAGACUAUAACAAUUAGCCGAGUUGAAGGAAGGCGACGGGCAAAUGAAAACAGCAACAUACAGGUCCUUUCUGAAAGAUCUGCUACUGAAGUAGACAACAAUUUUAGCAAACCACCUCCAUUUUUCCCCCCAGGAGCUCCUCCCACCCACCUUCCACCUCCUCCAUUUCUUCCACCUCCUCCAACUGUCAGCACUGCUCCACCUCUGAUUCCACCACCAGGUAUUCCAAUAACUGUACCACCUCCAGGUUUUCCUCCUCCACCAGGCGCUCCACCUCCAUCUCUUAUACCAACAAUAGAAAGUGGACAUUCCUCUGGUUAUGAUAGUCGUUCUGCACGUGCUUUUCCAUAUGGCAAUGUUGCCUUUCCCCACCUUCCUGGUUCUGCUCCUUCAUGGCCUAGUCUUGUGGAUACCAGCAAGCAGUGGGACUAUUAUUCAAGAAGAGAGAAAGAUCGAGAUAGAGACCGAGACAGAGACCGGGAACGAGACCGUGAUCGGGACAGAGAAAGAGAACGCACCAGAGAGAGAGAGCGGGAGCGUGAUCACAGUCCUACACCAAGCGUUUUUAACAGUGACGAAGAACGAUACAGAUACAGAGAAUAUGCAGAAAGAGGCUACGAGCGCCACAGAGCAAGUCGAGAGAAAGAAGAACGACACAGAGAAAGACGACACAGAGAGAAAGAGGAAACCAGACACAAGUCAUCUCGAAGUAACAGUAGACGUCGCCAUGAAAGUGAAGAAGGAGACAGUCACAGGAGACACAAGCACAAAAAAUCUAAGAGAAGCAAAGAAGGAAAAGAAGCUGGCAGUGAGCCCGCCCCUGAACAGGAGAGCACCGAAGCCGCACCAGCCGAAUAGGCACGGCUCUGGCCUUGUGUGUGUGUUACGGCCAGAAAUGUACCAUAGAUCUUGUUAUUUUUCUGGAUAAUGUUUAAGAAAUUUACCUUUAAUCUUGUUCUGUUAGUAUGAAAAGUUAACUUUUUUCUCAAAAUAAAAGAGUGAAUUUUUCAUGUUAAGUUAAAAAUCUUUGUCUUGUAAUAUUUAAAAAAAUAAAUUAAAAAAAUAAAGACAGCAAUGACUUUAUAUCCAAGAAAGUAAUGUGAAUGAGUCACUCAGCAGGGAAUUUUAAAGAGCUAUGUACAUACACGGGAGCUGAUAAAGGUCAAGGUUGCACCUUGGCCAUAGUUUUCUGGAGUUAAUCAAAUACCAGUCUCAAAGGUUGCGCUGCAAAAGGCACCUCUGAGUUGAGAUUUGAAGUAUUUUGCCAGUACUGCUGUGGCACUCUUGCUUAGCAUAUUAAAGAACUCGUAUACAGUUUUGAUAUCAUGACUUUUUGGUAGGUUUUCAGCGUCCUCAAUUUGGUUUCAUGGUAUAACUAAACAGGCAACUUUUGUAUUCUAAAAAUUAAUAAAAUAUAAAGGCAUUUGGCUGGUGUCUGUGAAGUAAUUUGCCCUGAGGGUAGUUUCUGUAGCAGGCACGAGACAAAGCCUCGUCACUGUGACACAGAUUCGAAUUGCCUCAUGGCUGUCUGUGAGCUGGGGUCAAGCUGGUUUGGCCUUCCUUGAUGCUUUUUCCAAAGCUCAUUGGUUGAGCAGCAUGUGGAGUUUUGAUACAGUUACUAGCUAAUUGUGAAUGAAAAGACAAGAGCUUUAGAUUAGUCAUGUCCCAUUAGAUCUAAGAAUACAAGUUCAUAAUUCUAUGAGCAUUUUUAGGGAUAAGCCUUGGGAUGUAUUUGUUGGUGAUCGUAACGACAUGGUUUUGAAAGAAUUACUAGGAUCCUUUAAAUAGUGAUAAAUAAAAAUGAAUUUAAUAUCACAUACUAAAAGACAGCUAUAAUUUGAAAAAUAUUUCUUAUUUGAUGAACAUUUCUUAGCAGUGUACUUUUAAAAUCCUCUGGCUGUAAAUUUUUUUUUUUUUUAAUGCCCAUAAUACACCCUUUAUAGACCUCAGCAUAUACCAAAUUUUUAAUUGUAGGAUUUGAAUUCAGUGGGGGAAUAACAAAUGAUCUCAGCUGUUUAAGAGCUUUUUAAUGAAUAGAAAAAUAAAGUUGUGGAGUAGUGAGAAAUCCUCCACACUGAAUAAAAACUAUUAAUAAGAGUUAUGUUUUGAGAAUUACAUUUUCUGAGGUGUAAUUGGCUUUCAUUAGAUCAUAUUUUUCCUGACAUUAGUUUACAUUUUUACAGUGUAUCCUUUAAAUAAAAAAAUGGACAAGAUAAAUACAUUGUUUCAACAUAGCUUAUCUGUAGUUUUCUGUUUUCCUAUGACCCAUCAUUGAUUCUAUAAAAAAGUGCCAGGCCAAGAAACAAUAGUAAGAGUGAUCUUUCCCUUAAGUUCUUUCAGCAUCCUUGCCAAGCAAGCAUGUAUCAUUCCUGAUGUACUUCUACCAUUGACAGCCAGAAGAAUAUCACCACAUCUAAAAAACAUAAAACAACACAUGAUUAACAUUGUGAUUCAUAGCCGAAAUCAGUGCAGGUGUAUUUGGUGGUCCUAGUUUUUGCUCCAACUGUCAAUUUUAAUUACAAAAAAUUCUAAUUAGGAAUAUCUAAUUAAGGUUUUCUCCUCCCCGACCCCCCCCACCCCCUCAAAUUGUGCAAACCCUCCAGUCAGCUUCUGUUAGAAGGGAUGCUAAAAGCACAGGAAGUUGCUGUACGGGACCAAGGAAUUUU